AUGUUUCUGUGUAAAAACUUCCUUGGACAAGCUAAAUUAUGGAGGAAAUUGUUGAUAAAUCAUGCUGCUUCGAAUAUAGUGCCGUCUUUUAGUCAUUAUAGCGGUUCAGCAGUAUGCACACAAAAUAGAAACCUAUUUAGUCACAAAAAUGAAAGGAACACAUACCAUAUUACAAAGUUAACACCUCUACAUAGAAAAUGGUGUUCCAAAGGUUUAUUAGAUGGUGAUGCUGGGGAUUUGUUGACUGUUCAACAUAAUAGAGUGCAAAAGAAAAUCACAGAUCUGUUCCCGAUGCCCAGAGUGACACUGAACGAGCUAACAAAUAAGACACCAAGCCAGAUAUUUGAGAUACAUUACAAACAAAACACUGUCGCGCCUAAAGGAAGGAAGAAAGUCGUCCAGAACAAUGACUGGACAUGUACUUAUGCUUUUGUUUGGCCGGAGAAGAAGAAGUUUGAAAGUACAGCGAUAUCAAAACGGAAAGCAGCGGAGAUGGCGGCGACUCAAGCUAUACACUGGCUGUUCAUAAACAAGAGAAUAGAUGCUAAAGGAUGUCCAAUAUACGACACGAAUGUACUAGAAGAUAUCAAGAAAGAUUUCAAUGAACCUUUAGAAGCGGCCAUUACUGAUAACUCGGUGAAACAAAUUGAGAAGAUUUGGAAGGAAUAUGAGAGUGGUAUAAAGGACAUCUAUGAAGCUACGUUCAAGCAAGCGAGACAGAAGAUGAUACAAAUGCCGGCUGUAGUAACCAAAGAUUCUACUAUAGAUGAAGAUGAUUUUUCUGAAGAAGAAACUGAUGUAGUUGGAUUAGAGGAUGAUUCAGAAUUAAAGCACCACGUCCACCCAGUAUACGGUAAGAUCGUGCCGCCAGCUUCAGGGACCGCUCUGGAGAGAAGGGACCGCGCUCUCACUCGCAAAUUCAAAGCGUAUGAUGAAGAUCUUACACCGUUGCCAAUUGAUGAAUAUCGGGACCAAAUAAUAUCGACAUUGGAACAGAACAGAGUGACGGUGAUAGUUGGUGCUGCCGGUUGUGGCAAGUCGACGCGCGCGCCAGCGGCCAUAUUGCGGCAUUAUGGGGCAACUACUAGUGCUAUAGUGUCGGAACCACGACGUGUAGCGGCCAUGGGAUUGGCGGAGAGGGUUGCUAGUGAAUUAGGAGAAGAAGUAGGAGAAUCAAUAGGCUAUCAAGUUAGAUUACAUUCUAAACCACCGAAGCCACCUGGAGGGUCAAUCCUUUACUGCACUUCAGGAGUCUUACUACGAAGGUUGCAAUCCAAUCCAGGUUUGGAAGGAUGUACCCACGUCAUAAUAGACGAAGCUCACGAACGUGACGUGAACACUGACCUCACAUUACUGUUACUGAAGCGAGCGCUAGACAUCAAUCCUGCGCUGAAAAUUGUCAUUAUGAGCGCUACUCUGGAUACUGGGGUUUUUACUAAAUAUUUCAACGAAUGUCCGAUAAUAGAAGUCCCGGGCCGUACGUUUCCGGUGGAAGUCUCAUAUCUAGAAGAUAUACAGCAGAGGUUUGGAUUAAGUCUACCAUAUACUGCUGAGAUGUGUAAUAAAGUUGAUGGGAGACCUCAGGUCAAAUGUCAGGAGAUAGCAGAAUUAAUAAAAGCAGUAGACAAGAAGGAGAAGGAAGGUGCUAUACUAGUAUUUCUCCCGGGUUGGUCUGAGAUAAAGAUGACAAAACAAUUGCUUGAGGAACACUAUGGACAAUCUUCAAUGCAUAUGAUAUUACCUGUGCAUUCUAGGCUAUCAACAACAGACCAAGCGAAAAUGUUCGCGACGCCGUCUCCUGGUAUCCGUAAAAUAGUUCUAGCUACUAAUGUAGCGGAAACUUCAAUAACUAUACCUGAUGUCGUCUACGUGAUCGAUAGUGGAGCUCAUAAGGAAAAUAGAAUAAAAGAUGGCACUGGUACGGCAAGCUUAGAAACAGUUUGGGUGUCUUUAGCUGGCGCUAAGCAAAGGACAGGUCGAGCUGGGAGAGUACAACCAGGUCACUGUUACAGGAUGUAUUCCAAAGAAAAGGAAGCUGAAUUCGUACUGCAUACUACACCUGAAAUAUUAAGAAUACCUCUCGUACAAACAGUAUUGGACUGUAAAGCCUACGCUCCAAAUGAGAAGAUCGCCAGUUUCCUAUCAGAGCUACCGGAGCCACCAUCCAAGAAAUCUAUACAGUUCGCAGUCAACGAUCUAGUGGAGUUGGGAGCCCUAACUCCCUCAGAACAGUUAACCCGUCUCGGCUCAAUACUAUCCUCGGUAUCCCUUCACCCCCGACUCGCCCACAGCCUGCUUCAAUCUACAAUACUGGGCAACGUAGUAGCAGCUACAUACAUGGCGGCGCAUUGUUCCACGCAUAGUGAGAUCUUCGCUAACGCAGCUGAUAGGAGAGACGAAAUCCGUGAGAUAAAACGUAGUUACAGCCCGACGUCCGACUACGGCGCCCUCUACUGGAUACAAGAAGAAUUUGACAGAAUAUCCCAAGAGAGUGGUAGAGAAGCUUCGGACAAGUACUGUGAGAAAUAUGGACUUAGAGGAGAUAGACUUGCUUAUAUUAGAUCCCUCGCCUACCUACACCUAGAACAGAUCCUGAACACCUCAAUAAUAGCUCCCACAAUUGAGGCGGAGGAAUUGAACAGGUUCUCUGACAUUGAGGAGUUGCUAUCUAGCACACUGAUCUCUGGGGCUGAUGCUCUGCUUACCACGAGGAAACAGGUCAAGACUAAAGGGAAACUGAAGACUGUUGUUGAUAUUGUCACUAGCACAGGCGACCGGGCCCACAUAGGUACAGAGAGUGUCAACUACAACAUCAACAAACAGACCCACACUCGACCGCACCUACUCGCGUACUUCGGCGGCACGCACUCCGUCGACAGGCGAGCACUCGUCGUGUACAGGACGUGUCUGGUACCACCACAUGCACCUCUGUUGUUCUGUCUUGGACGUGUCGGGAAGGAAGAAAAUGGCAGCAUGACUCUACUGACCUUGCCGAAGCAUCACCUGCAGAUACAUGUACCAACCAGCCAAGCUGACAGCCUGCUAAAGCUACGAGAAAUGCUCUGGAAGACAUUUGAGUACCACAUAGAAAGAGACUUACAGACUCUCGACUUUAAUGACAACGAAAUAGUGUCGAAAUUCAAAGUGCGUCUUGUCAAAACCAUUGGAAGAGUGCUGGUAGAAGCUCAUAAGCAAUACGUUGAGGGAAAAUCUUUGAUCGAAGACCUUGGAGAUGUUGAAUUUAGAUAA